AUGUACAAUUAAUUUGCAUCUUUAUUUAUUUAUUUAUUUAUCUAUAUGUUCUGUACAUUUUUACCAACUUACCGUGGAUAUGCCAGUGUCAUAGGACUCCAGUAAUCAAUGCCCGAAGUAAUGACCUCAAAUCCACGUCACUUUAAUACCUGACCCGACAUUAUUCCACCUUCUGUAUUUCACCUUCUGUACUUCCUGACCCCGUAACAAUUUUCCGUCAAGCCGAAGCAAUUCUAAAGAUACUAAAACAUCAAUCACCGUUAUUACGUCCACCAAAACCCCCCUUUUUCCUGAUUGAAUAUUUCAUUGAUGCCCGAAUUGGACUGGCAUUGCCAGAUCAUUAAUCUACCCGCUAAUUUACCCAAACAAACGACUGUAAUCACCACGGCUGACUCCACAUUUUCUUAAAAUCCAAUUUUUAUAACUCCAAUGGCAUUGAUACAAUUUUCAUCCACAUCGCCUUGAACUCCUUUCCGUCCCCCCAAGUACCCCAUUCCCACCUACAGCUGCAACAAUGCGUCCAUUACCUCCCCGAAAGGACAACUCCAUUUGUUGCAGCAACAAUGAUAAUAAAAUAAUUGCAAAAAUGACUUCUGGAGGCAUGUCUGCACCUGUCGAUCUCCAUGCGUCUCUCACUGCCCCGCAACAGGUGGAAAUCGGCAGUUGUCGAGCUAUUGAUAAGCGCUCAAAUCCACACCAAUUAAAUCUUAUCUGAAGACGUGUCGAUAAAGCUUUCAUAACAACGGAAGUAAUCGGUCGGGUCUGACGUUGCUCUCGGCAUUAUUCGACAAAAGUGAUUGACUCUGAUUAAAAGAUAUGUCUGAUAAAGUGGAGAAGCCUGAGCCCUUCGGAAGGGGUCACAACAAGGGCGAGGAUGACAAGAAAUUUCAAGACCUCAAGCCCUCGCAGUUCGAUAAAUGCGUACGCGCGGCUCUGAACAGGUGGAUCUUCUCCAGGGACUGCCUCAAGGACGAGACAUUUCGGAACCCCUUACCUGGACCGCAGUUUGUCCCAGGAGUUUCAAGCCCUGAGUCUGGAGGGACGGAAGAAUCACAUGGAGUGAAAUCUCUGGAUGCCAACAGAUAUGCCACGAAGAAGACUAUUGCCCAGGGGAUGCUGGAUAUCGCACUGCUGACGGCUAAUGCGUCACAGCUGAAGUACAUCCUGCAGGUGGGAAAACAGCAUGAAUUUUACACCCUGAUGUUGACCCUCAUAUGCAUGUCAAUAGGACUCCAGAUCCUGUCGGGCUUGUUGUCCCUGUCCUUGAACCUCAUGCUGGACCGAAAGUUGGAGGACUCAAGGAAUGGGUACGCUGUUGAGUGGAUCGGCCGGUUGAGAGUUGCUCUAAGCUUCAUUGUUUUCUUGGAUAACAUUCUGAUAGCCGCAUUCGAUCCGAUGGGUCUCUCAUCGCUGUUGUUGUUCGACCCUCCCGAGGGCACCGAGUUGGUUCAUUAAUCACGGAAAGUUGUGCACAGGGGCAACAUGGACCAGACGAUGAUUGAGAGUCCAUUUUGUCCCGGCCUUCUUCGUAGGCGAAUUGAUUUAAUUAAUAUAAUUCAUGAGUUCGCGCAUUUUUCAUGAAUUAGACGAUUUAUUUGGGUAAAUAAAUUCCUCAGUCUUUUAGGCCUUUUUCAAAAUGUUCAAUUAGUCAUUAAUUAAAUUGACAACCGUCGUUAGACUUGCGUGAUACACUUGCGUCGCAAUUGGAUCAAUUAGGCGGGAUGGGAGUGCUUUUAUUGGUGAAGAGGAAAGCAGAAAGUCAUUGAAAUGCGCAGGCAAUCAUCGGUUUACUCUUCAUUGCUGUCGGAGGAUUAGACAUCAAUCGAAAGAGGGACCAGUGGGCUGCUAACAUCAUUAACGACGUUAUAUUAAUCGGGGUUUUUAUCAUCAGUCUAGCGAAUAUUGCUAUAUCGGGUUU